UUUCUGCAAUCGAUUCAUGCAGCAUCGCCGGCCGGAUUGCCUGAUGUUCUGUCGGCAAAUUUCUUUCUGACAGUGCUGAUUUAUAUCGUUUCAUAUCAUUUUUCAGGAUUACGAAAACCUGAAUACCAUGGCUCAUCAUAGCUCUGACCAGCGGUCGUAUGCCAACGAGAAGACCCCGUCAACAGCUCCAGCGGAUACAGACACUGCAAGUGAUCCUGCCAGCGGAGGUUUUUUUGCUGCUGACUACAAAAAGCAUGAAGACCUCAAAUCCAUGCUUGAUGGGAGCAAGGACAGUCUCAAACUUGAGGCCAUGAAGAGAAUUAUUGGAAUGAUCGCCAAAGGCAAGGAUGCAUCCGAUCUUUUUGCAGCUGUUGUGAAAAAUGUUGUUUCAAAGAAUAUUGAGAUCAAGAAGUUGGUGUAUGUUUACCUGGUGCGAUACGCAGAGGAGCAGCAAGACUUGGCCUUGUUGUCAAUCAGUACAUUCCAAAAGGCGCUGAAGGAUCCAAAUCAGUUGAUUCGAGCUUCUGCCCUACGAGUCCUGUCUAGCAUCAGGGUACCGAUGAUUGUUCCAAUCAUGAUGCUGGCUAUAAAGGAGAGUGUCAAUGAUAUGUCGCCCUACGUCAGGAAGACUGCUGCCCAUGCCAUUCCUAAACUCUACAGUCUUGACCCAGAACAAAAGGACCAACUAAUAGAAGUCAUUGAGAAACUACUCGCUGAUAAAACCACCCUUGUUGCCGGUAGUGUCGUCAACGCCUUUGAGGAGGUCUGUCCAGACAGGAUUGACCUCAUCCAUAAAAACUUCCGCAAGUUGUGCAACCUCCUGAUCGACGUUGAGGAGUGGGGGCAGAUCGUCAUCAUCAACAUGCUGACCAGGUACUCAAGGACGCAGUUCCUGGAUCCCAACAAGGCAGAUAUGAUCCAAGAAGAGAAUGAGAAGUCUUUCUACGGCUCGGACAGUGACAAGGAGGUGGAGGAGGAGGAAGAUGCUGAUAAGGAGAAGGACGAACCAGUCAAGAAGCCGUACGUCAUGGACACCGAUCACCGACUUCUGCUGAGGAGUGUCAAACCACUGCUACAGAGCAGGAAUUCUGCCGUUGUGAUGGCAGUAGCCCAGAUGUAUCACCAUCUGGCACCUAAAAAUGAAGUCGGAGUAAUUGCUAAGCCGCUGGUACGACUACUCAGGAGCCAUAGGGAAGUUCAGUCCAUUGUGCUGAGUAACAUCGCCACGAUGAGUGCCAAGAGACGUGGAAUGUUUGAGCCCUUCCUCAAGAGUUUCUUUGUGCGAUCGAGUGACCCCACGCACAUCCGUCUCCUCAAGCUGGAGAUCUUGACUAACAUUGCCGGCGAGACCAGCAUUGCAACCAUUCUCAGAGAGUUACAGACCUAUGUGACGAGCUCAGACAAAGACUUUGUGGCAGCUACCAUUCAGGCUAUAGGGAGGUGCGCCAGUAACAUCUCUGAGGUGACGGACUCUUGUAUGAAUGGUCUGAUGGGGCUCAUGUCAAAUAGAGACGAGGCUGUGGUUGCUGAGAGUGUAGUAGUGAUCAAGAAACUACUGCAGAUGAAUCCGACAGAGCAUAAGGAGAUUAUCCGCCACAUGGCUAAGCUGGCUGACGCCAUCACGGUGCCAAUGGCAAGGGCCAGCAUCCUGUGGCUGAUCGGGGAGUACUCUGACCGGGUGCCAAAGAUCGCCCCAGACGUCCUCCGCAAGAUGGCUAAAGAUUUCACCAACGAGGAAGACAUCGUCAAGAUGCAGAUCUUGAAUCUAGGAGCAAAGCUUUUUCUUACCAACUCCAAACAGACCAAACUACUAUUCCAAUACGUGCUGAACUUGGCCAAGUACGACCAGAAUUACGACAUCAGAGAUCGGGCCCGCUUCCUACGUCAGCUUAUCUUCCCCGGAGAGAAGGGCGGGGCUCUUAGUAAACACGCCAAGAAGAUCUUUCUGUCGCCGAAGCCUGCCCCUGUUCUGGAGUCUGUCUUUAAAGAUCGAGAUCAUUUCCAGCUUGGAUCACUGUCCCACAUUAUCAAUUCCAAAGCUAUGGGUUACAUUGAAUUGCCUAACUUCCCUGAGGAGCUGCCAGACCCAUCCGUUCGCAAUGUAGAGGAGGUUCGCUCCUGGGUGAGCAACGACCGACCGACAUCCAAGAAGAAGCCGACUCGUAAAAAUAAAUCGUUCUAUUCCAGCAGCAGCUCGGAGGCAGAGGAGCUGUCUGGAUCAGAUGUGAGCAGCAGCGAGGGAUCGGACUCUGAUAGCAAGUCAGACAGCUCCUCAGAGAGUGAAGACAGCGACGGCACCAGCAGCAGUGAGUCUGAUGAGUCAUCUAGCAGUAGCAGUAGCGACGCAACGAGUAGUGACAGCGACUCGUCAUCGUCGGCAUCCAGCAGUGAUGAGAGUGACUCGGAUAGUGAUGUCCCUGUAAAAAAGGCUACUCCUAAAUCAACUCCCUCCAAAGGCAAGGCAAGCAAAAAAAAGAAAGAGAAUCAGCCAGCGUCCAACGUCCAACUCCUCAACUUUGACGACUUUGGUCCUCCAGUGCAGGGAGGUGGUAUCGGAGGGGGGAUGUUGACGCCGGCGUUGGCGACUGAUCUCCAAGGACUCUCCAUCAGCAACAAGUCACAAGGAAUGACAGUGAGUAGCGCCAUGUUCACUCCGACACAAACGUACGAGCUGUUGAAUCGCAUGAACAGCCAAGGCCUUGCAGCAACGUAUCGCUUCACUCGAAAUGCCUGCAUGUAUUCUACGACCAUGGUGUCAGUUGAACUCAACUUCACGAAUAGCAGCGAUGCUGUGAUUCAGACAAUCAAACUUGGAGAAAGUAAACUCUCAUCGGGGAUGAAGCUACAUGAGUUUCCAGAGGUGACAAAUCUCGGAGUUGGAAAGUCAGUCUCUGUUACGUUAGGCAUAGACUACGGAGACACCACUCAGCCGGCUAACUUUGAAAUCUGUACGGAGACUCGCAAGUUUAGUGUAAGCAUCAAGGCCCCUGUUGGUGAGCUUCUUCAGCCAAUCAGUAUGAACGAGAGCGAUUUCCUCCUACAGCAAAGCAAGCUGACGGGUAUGAAUGAGAAUUCAGACAACAUCACCAUUCCAGAGGCCGAUAACACAGAGAAGAAGAUCAUCGCCAAAGUAGCCGAAGUCGCUAACGUGCAGAUAGUCCCAGCCAGCGACCCCCAACUCAUGACCUUCCGCUUUGCGGCCAAAACCUUAUCUAAAGGUGUGGUGGUACUCGUUACUGUCAAAUCAUCCAGCGACGGGAAGGGAAAAAUUACCAGCAACUGUGAGAAGAUGGUCAUAGGUAGUAUGCUAGUGAAAGACAUUAAGAAGAUACUUGUUAAAGUAUGACAUCCCUAAAGUUCACAAUAGAUCAUUCCAUUUAUCAACUAGUGAGGCAUUCCAUUGGGUAGAUGAGGGGUGAGGAAUUCAAAGUGGGGGUUGAUUUACAGUACCAAUAGCGGAUUCAUUUAAAUGAACUCCUGGAAACAGUGACUGCUUCAUUCAGACCUGUUCCUGAACAUACAGUCAGCUCAGUGCUAUAAAUGGUGUUCUUAUUUGAAAAAGCCCCCCCCCCCCCAAAAAAAAAAAAAAGCCAUAUUC